GGCGUGGUUUAACAAAGUGAAAGUACUGCAGUGUAUUUUCUCGUCUAUUGUGCUACCAGAAGCUUAUUUUCCACAGUCAGAGCUGCAGAACAUCGAAAUUGUGUCCUACAGAAUUUUCUUUUGUAUUCGACUGCUAUGGCACUAAAUAUAUUUAAGGGAAAUAAAAUAAGAUGCUUUGAAGUUGUUCCUGAUAACAUAAAACCAUCCUGUGAACAGUUCACAAAUGAUCUUAAAAAACAAAGAAAAUCUAUGGAGAUAACUGACAAGGCAGAUUGUAAAGCAGUCCUGUUUUAUCAGCCCAUUGUUUCGAGGGCUGGGACUGAUAUUGAAGGUGCACUGCAAAAAAUCAGUAAUGAAUACGAAGAGAAAUAUGUUGCUCUAGUGGUGCUUCAUCACACAUUCGACCCAGAAUGCAUUGUACCAGACAGCAAAAGAGCUGUGAAUAUACAGAAUAAUGAGAAGCCUGAGAAACGUCUUGUGGUUGACUGUCUGUUCCAUGAGGAUUCAGGACUGCUGAAGUGCCGUAUGAACAAUGAAGCUAAAAAGGAGGUUGCAAAAUGGCUCCGUGAAGUGAAACACAAACGAAAUAAAAAACAGCAAAAAGACACAGUAAGUCAUAGUGUCAUAUUAACACAUCGUGAAUAAAAAUAUGAACAUAAUUCUACAGCAAAUAAAAUCCAAGUAAAAGCCUAAGAAAAGCUGAAUACAAGGCAUUAUUGCCAUCCGUUGUAGCUUCGAAUGUUUCUGUUCAUAGACUCUAUAUGAUCAAAUUUUAUAAAUGUAGCUUUAAAA